CGGGAGCAGUGAUCUCACCAAGCCCCCGCCCAGAAAAGCCCCAGAAAAAGGGGAGGGAGAAAGAGCCAGAGGCUGCCGCUGCAGUUUGGAGGAACCGAAUGGGAGGAGGACGCUGCCACCCACAGCCUCCAGGGCUCAUUGCAGCUGGGACAGCCCGGAGUGGGGUUAGUCAGCAGCUCGGCAAGCGCUGCCCAGGCCCUGGGGUGGUGGCAGCCAGCGGGAGCAGGAAAGGAAGCAUGUUCCCAGGCUGUCCACGAGUCUGGGUCCUGGUGGUCUUGGGCACCAGCUGGGUAGGCUGGGGAAGCCAAGGGACAGAAGCGGCACAGCUAAGGCAGUUCUACGUGGCUGCUCAGGGCAUCAGUUGGAGCUACCGACCUGAGCCCACAAACGCAAGUUUGAAUCAUUCUGCAACUUCCUUCAAGAAAAUUGUCUACAGAGAGUAUGAACCAUAUUUUAAGAAAGAAAAACCACAAUCUAGCAUUUCAGGACUUCUUGGGCCUACUUUAUAUGCUGAAGUCGGAGACAUCAUAAAAGUUCACUUUAAGAAUAAGGCAGAUAAGCCCUUAAGCAUCCACCCUCAAGGAAUUAAGUACAGUAAAUUAUCAGAAGGUGCUUCUUACCUUGACCACACAUUCCCUGUGGAGAAGAUGGAUGAUGCUGUGGCUCCAGGCCAAGAAUACACCUAUGAAUGGAGUAUCAGCAAGGACAGUGGGCCCACCCAAGAUGACCCUCCAUGUCUCACACACAUCUAUUACUCCCAUGAAAAUCUGAUCGAGGAUUUCAACUCUGGGCUGGUUGGACCUCUACUCAUCUGUAAAGAAGGGACCCUAACUGAAGAUGGGACACAGAAGAUGUUUGACAAGCAACUUGUGCUACUGUUUGCUGUGUUUGAUGAAAGCAAGAGCUGGAGCCAGUCAUCAUCCCUAAUGUACACAGUCAACGGAUAUGCGAAUGGGACAAUGCCAGAUAUAACAGUUUGUGCCUAUGAACACAUCAGCUGGCAUCUGCUUGGAAUGAGCUCAGGGCCAGAAUUGUUCUCCAUUCAUUUCAACGGGCAGGUCCUGGAGCAGAACCAUCAUAAGGUCUCAGCCAUCACCCUUGUCAGUGCUACAUCCACUACUGCAAAUAUGACUGUGAGCCCAGAGGGAAAGUGGAUUAUAUCUUCUCUCAUCCCAAAACAUUUGCAAGCUGGGAUGCAGGCUUACAUUGACAUUAAAAACUGCCCAAAGAAAACCAGGAGACUUAAGAAAAUAACUCGUGAGCAGAGGCGGCAAAUUAAGAGGUGGGAAUACUUCAUUGCUGCAGAGGAAGUCAUCUGGGACUACGCACCUGUAAUACCAGCGAAUAUGGACAAAAAAUACAGGUCUCUGCAUUUGGAUAAUUUCUCAAACCGAAUUGGAAAACAUUAUAAGAAAGUUAUUUACACACAGUACGAAGAUGAGUCCUUCACCAAACAUAUAGAGAAUCCCCAUAUGAAAGAAGAUGGGAUUUUGGGUCCUAUUAUCAGAGCCCAGGUCAGAGACACACUCAAAAUCGUGUUCAGAAAUAUGGCCAGCCGCCCCUAUAGCAUUUAUCCUCAUGGAGUGACCUUCUCGCCUUAUGAAGAUGAAGUCAACUCUUCCUUCACCUCAGGCAGUAACACCAUGAUCAGAGCAGUUCAACCAGGGGAAACGUAUACUUAUAAGUGGAACAUCUUAGAGUUAGAUGAACCCACAGAAAAUGAUGCCCAGUGCUUAACAAGACCAUACUACAGUAACGUGGACAUCAUGAGAGACAUCGCCUCUGGGCUAAUAGGACUACUUCUAAUCUGUAAGACCAGAUCCCUGGACAAGCGAGGAAUACAGAGGGCAGCAGACAUCGAACAGAGGGCUGUGUUUGCUGUAUUCGACGAGAACAAAAGCUGGUACCUUGAGGACAACAUCAACAAGUUUUGUGAAAAUCCUGAUGAGGUGAAACGUGAUGACCCCAACUUUUACGAAUCGAACGUCAUGAGCACUAUCAAUGGCUAUGUGCCCGAGAGCAUACCUACUCUUGGAUUCUGCUUUGAGGACACUGUUCAGUGGCACUUCUGUAGUGUGGGGACCCAGAAUGACAUUUUGACCAUCCACUUCACUGGGCACUCAUUCAUCUAUGGAAAGAGGCAUGAGGACACCUUGACCCUCUUCCCCAUGCGUGGAGAAUCUGUGACGGUCACAAUGGAUAAUGUUGGAACUUGGAUAUUAACUACCAUGAAUUCCAAUCCAAGAAGCAAAAAGCUGAGGCUGAAAUUCAGGGACGUUAAAUGUAUUCGAGAUGAUUAUGAAGACUCAUAUGAGAUUGAGAUUUAUGAACCACCAGAAUCUUCGGUCAUAGUUACACGGAAAAUGCACGAUCCUUCAGAAAAUGAAGAUGAAGAGAGUGAUGCUGACUAUGAUUACCAGAAUAGACUGGCUUCAGCAUUAGGAAUUAGGUCACUGAGAAAUUCAUCACUGAAUCAGAAAGAAGAGGAGUUCAAUCUUACUGCCCUAGCUCUGGAGAAUAACAGUGAAUUUAUUUCUCCAAACACAGAUAUAACUGUUGGUUCAAAUUAUUCUUCCCCAACGAAUAUUAGUAAGCUCACUGUCAGUAACCUUGCAGAACCUCAGAAAACCCCUUCUCACCAACAAGCCACUAUAGCUGGUUCCCCACAGAGACACCUCAUUGGCAAGAACUCAGUUUUCCAUUCUUCCAGAGCAGAGCAUUCCAGCCCUUAUUCUGAAAACCCUAUAGAGGAUCCUCUACAGUCAGAUGUCACAAGGAUACAUCUACUUUCACUUGGUGCAGGAGAAUUCAGAAGUCAAGAACAUCCUAAACAUAAGGAACCCAAGGUGAAAAGAGACCAAGCAGCAAAGCACAGGUUCUCCUGGAUGAAAUCACCAACAGAUAAAAUUGGGAGGCAUCUAAGCCAAGACAAUGGUUCUUCUUCCAGAAUGAGGCCCCGGAAGGACCUUCCUAGUGAUCUGUUACUCUUAAAACAAAAGAAUCCAUCUAAGAUUCUGGUUGGGAAAUGGCAUUUGGCUUCUGAGAAAGGUAGCUAUGAAGUAAUCCAAGAUACUGAUGAAGACACAGCUGUUAACAAUCAGCUGAUCAGCCCUCAGAAUGCCUCACGUGCCUGGGGAGAAAGCACCCCUCUUACCAACAAGCCUGGAAAGCCGAGUGGCCACCCAGAGUUUCCUAGAGUUAGACACAAAAUUCUACAAGUAAGACAGGAUGGAGGAAACAGUGGACUGAAGAGAAGCCAGUUUCUCAUUAAGACACGAAAAAAGAGAAAAGAGAAGCAUACACACCAUGCUCAUUUAUCUCCAAGGGCCUUUCACUCUCUAAGAAGUGAAGCCUACAACAUAUUUUCAGAAAGAAGAUUUAAUCAUUCCUUGUGGCUCCAUAAAUCCAAUAAAACAUCUCUUCCCAUAGACCUCAAUGAGACAUUGCCCUCUGUGGAUUUUGGCUGGAUACCCUCACUUCCUGACCAUAAUCAGAAUUCCUCAAAUGACACUGGUCAGACAAGUUCUCCAGAUCUUUAUCAGUCAGUGCCCCCAGAGGAACGCUAUGAAACAUUCCCUAUUCAAGACCCUGAUCAAAUGAACUCUACUUCAGACCCUAGUCACAGAUCCUCUUUUUCAGAGUUCAGUGAGAUGCUUGACUAUGACCAAAAUCACAAGUCCUUCCCCACUGAUAUCAGUCAAAUGUCCCUUUCCUCAGAACAUGAAGUCUGGCAGACAAUCACCUCUCCAGACCUCAGCCAGGUGACCCUCUCUCCAGAACUUAGUCAGACAAACCUUUCCCCGGAACUGGGUCAGAUUUCUCUUUCUCCAGACCUCGGUCAGAUGGCUCUCUCUCCAGACCUCAGCCAGGUGACCCUCUCUCCAGAACUCAGUCAGACAAACCUUUCCCCAGAAUUGGGUCAGAUCCCUCUUUCUCCAGACCUCAGUCAGACGACUGUCUCUCCAGAACUUAGUCAGACAAACCUUUCCCCAGAACUGGGUCAGAUUCCUCUUUCUCCAGACCUCAGUGAGAUGACUCUCUCUCCAGAACUCAGCCAAACAAGCCUCUCUCCAGACCUCAGCCAGGUGACCCUCUCUCCAGAACUUAGUCAGACAAACCUUUCCCCAGAACUGGGUCAGAUUUCUCUUUCUCCAGACCUCAGUCAGAUGGCCCUUUCUCCAGACCUCAGCCAGGUGACCCUUUCUCCAGACCUCAGUCAGACAAACCUUUCCCCAGAACUAGGUCAGAUCCCUCUUUCUCCAGACAUCAGUCAGACAACUGUCUCUCCAGACAUCAGUCAGACGACUCUCUCUCCAGAACUCAGCCAGACAAACCUCUCUCCAGACCUCAGUCACACGACUGUCUCUCCAGAACUCAGUGAGACAAACCUCCCUCUAGACCUCAGCCACGUGAAUCUCUCUUCAGACCUAAGCCAGACAAACCUCUCUCCAGAACUCAGUGAGAUGCCACUCUUUGGAGAUCUCAGUCAAAUUCCUCUUUCCCCAGACCUCGACCAGAUGAUGCUUUCUCCAGACCUUGGUGAGACAGACCUUUUCCCAGACUUUGGUCAGAUAUCCCUUUCCCCAGACUUCACCCAGGUGACUCUUUCUCCAGACCUCAGUGAGACCAUCCUUCUCCCUGAUCUCAGGCAGAUAUCACCUCCUCCAGACCUCAAUCAGAUAUUCUACCCUUCUGAAUCUAGUCAGUCAUUGCUUAUUCCAGAAUUUAAUGAGACUUUUCCUUAUUCAGACAUUGGUCGCACGCCAUCUCCUUCAUCUCCUACUCUCAAUGACACAUUUCUAUUGAAGGAAUUUAAUCCACUGGUUAUUGUUGGCCUCAGUAAAGAUGGUACAGAUUACAUUGAGAUUAUUCCAAGGGAAGAGGUCCAGAGCAGUGAAGAUGACUAUACUGAAACAGAUUAUGUGUCCUAUGAUGACCCCUACAAAACUGAUGUUAGGACAAACAUCAACGCCUCCAGAAAUCCUGACAACAUUGCAGCAUGGUACCUCCGCAGCAACAAUGGAAACAGAAGAAAUUAUUACAUUGCUGCUGAAGAAAUAUCCUGGGAUUAUUCGGAAUUUGUACAACGUGAAAGAGAUAUUGAAGACAUUGACAAUACUCCAGAAAACACCAUAUAUAAGAAAGUGGUUUUUCGAAAGUACCUCGACAGCAGUUUUACCAAACGUGAUCCUCAAGGGGAGUAUGAAGAGCAUCUUGGAAUUCUUGGUCCUAUUAUCAGAGCUGAAGUGGAUGAUGUUAUACAAGUUCGUUUUAAAAAUUUAGCAUCCAGACCAUAUUCUCUACAUGCCCAUGGACUUUCCUAUGAAAAAUCAUCAGAGGGAAAGACUUAUGAAGAUGACUCUCCUGCAUGGUUUCAGGACGAUAAUGCUGUUCAGCCAAACAGCAGUUAUACCUACGUAUGGCAUGCCACUGAGCGAUCGGGGCCAGAAAGUCCUGGCUCUGCCUGUCGGGCUUGGACCUACUACUCAGCCGUGAACCCAGAAAAAGAUAUUCACUCGGGCUUAAUAGGUCCCCUCCUAAUCUGCCAAAAAGGAAUACUUCAUAAGGAGAGCAACAUGCCUGUGGACAUGAGAGAAUUUGUCUUACUGUUUAUGAUCUUUGAUGAAAAGAAGAGCUGGUACUAUGAAAAGAAGUCCAGAAUGUCUUGGAGACUCACAGCCACAGAAGUGAAAAACUCCCAUGAGUUUCCUGCCAUUAAUGGGAGGAUCUACAGUUUGCCUGGUCUGAGAAUGUAUGAGCAAGAGUGGGUGAGGUUACACCUGCUGAACAUAGGCGGCUCUCAAGACAUUCACGUGGUUCACUUUCAUGGCCAGACCUUGCUGGAAAAUGGCAAUAAACAGCACCAGUUAGGGGUUUGGCCCCUUCUGCCCGGUUCAUUUAAAACUCUUGAAAUGAAGGCAUCAAAACCUGGCUGGUGGCUCCUAAACACAGAGGUUGGAGAAAACCAGAGAGCAGGGAUGCAGACACCAUUUCUUAUCAUGGACAGAGAAUGUAAGAUGCCAAUGGGACUAAGCACUGGUAUCAUAUCUGAUUCACAGAUCAAGGCUUCAGAGUUCCUGGGUUACUGGGAGCCCAGAUUAGCAAGAUUAAACAAUGGUGGAUCUUAUAAUGCUUGGAGUAUAGAAAAACUUGCAGCAGAAUUUGCCUCUAAACCUUGGAUCCAGGUGGACAUGCAAAAGGAAGUCAUAAUCACAGGGAUCCAGACCCAAGGUGCCAAACACUACCUGAAGUCCUGCUAUACCACAGAGUUCUAUGUAGCUUACAGUUCUAACCAGAUCAACUGGCAGAUCUUCAAAGGGAACAGCACAAGGAAUGUGAUGUAUUUCAAUGGCAAUUCAGAUGCUUCUACAAUAAAAGAGAAUCAGUUUGACCCACCUAUUGUGGCUAGAUAUAUUAGGAUCUCUCCAACUCAAGCCUAUAACAGACCUACCCUUCGACUGGAGCUGCAAGGUUGUGAGGUAAAUGGAUGUUCCACACCACUGGGUAUGGAAAGUGGAAAGAUAGAAAACAAGCAAAUCAUGGCUUCUUCGUUUAAAAAAUCUUGGUGGGGAGAUUACUGGGAACCCUUCCGUGCCCGUCUUAAUGCUCAGGGACGUGUGAAUGCCUGGCAAGCGAAGGCAAACAACAACAAACAGUGGUUACAAAUUGAUCUACUCAAAAUCAAGAAGAUAACUGCGAUUAUAACACAGGGCUGCAAGUCGCUGUCCUCUGAAAUGUAUGUAAAGAGCUAUAGCAUCCACUACAGUGACCAGGGAGUGGAAUGGAAACCUUACAGGCUGAAAUCCUCCAUGGUCGACAAGAUUUUUGACGGAAAUACUAAUACCAAAGGACAUGUGAAGAACUUUUUCAACCCCCCAAUCAUUUCCAGGUUUAUCCGUGUCAUUCCUAAAACAUGGAAUCAAAGUAUUGCACUUCGUCUGGAACUCUUUGGCUGUGAUAUUUACUAGACUUGAAUGUUCAAAAACCCAGGAAGAGACUCUUUAAGACCUCAAACCAUUUAGAAUGGGCAAUGUAUUCUAUGCUGUUUUAAAUGUUAACAAUUUUCCAUUAUUUUUUCUUUUUUUCUAUUAGUGAAUAAAAUUUUAUACAAGAAGCUUUUAUAAUGUAACUCCUUGCUACCAGUAAGUAAGAUAAUGGCUAUUACUCCUGUAUUAAUUUGAAUACAGAUAGGAAAAUAUUGAGAACGAACAAGAAAAUGGCUUAUCUUUCACAAUGAUUAAAAAUGCUGUGAAAUAAUA